AGAUUAGUACUGAGACUGUGGGAAAACUUGUCUAGAACACAGAUGAAAUCUCUAGAUCCUGGGACAGUAGAGGUGAAUAGAGACAUGAUAGCAGUGGAUGACCUCAUUAAGGAGGUUCCACUCAGACGUGCAGGAGAGGUGGAGGCGAAGCUGGAGGAGAUGAAGAAGAAGAUUAAUGAUCUGAAGCAGAAGUACAAACACAACAGUGAAUAUGAACAACAUGUCUUCAGGUUCUGUUACAUCAAGAGAUCAGAGAUGGACUUGUGUGAAAAAUUAUAUGGAACACGAAACGCUGUAACAGGAGAAGUGAAGAAUCGUAUGGUAUCAGUGAAUGAUCUCAUGAAGCAGGUUAAACGCAGUACUACAGGAGAGGUGGUGAAGGCGAUGAAGAAGGCGUUACAGGAGACUAAUACACUGGAGCUGGAUUACAUGUGGAGCAGAAAAUAUUCACAUCAUGUCACCAGGUUCUGCACCAUACAGAGAUUAGAGCUCGAAUGGUACAUAAACCUCUAUGAAGCACAAAUAGAGGAGGACCGGUCUUUUGUGGUUGCGGCGGAGAGGGCAGCGAAGAUCUUCAAGGAACUCAAAGAUGAAGCAACAUCAAAGAGGCAGGACAUCUCCUCAGAAGAACUGAACGAGAUGUUUAACCAUGUUGAUAAGCAUCUGUGGUGUAUUAACUCCUGGUAUGAAAAGAAGGUGAUGGAGCUGAGCAGAUACAAGGAGGUUCUACCUGCACAGGCCCCUAAAGCACCCCGGAAUACAGACGGAGAAAAGAGCAAACUACUUGUUUAAACCACACAACAUGAUACAGAAGCAUUUAGGAUACAGGAAACAUAAUUUCUCUCUCUCUCACACACACACUCACACAGAGUAAUGGGCAAAAAACAAAAACCCUGUAUUUGAGCUAAAUAUUACUGAAGUCCUAAACUGAAGUCAUUCAUUCACAUUUCUCUUUGAGUAAUAGUACGAAAGUGAUUUGAAUAUUAAACACAUUGAGUUCGUAUUUGCUCACUGUAACAUUUAGUCGUAGUAAAAAUCUCUUUUUUGUGCACAUGAUGUUUUCAUCUGUGGUGAUGUAAUGCAACAGCAUGUAUAAAUAUAGUGAAGUAAAGUAUCAAUAUGUGCUGAAUCAUCUUGUGGAGUAAAAGGAAAAAAUAUUCUUGAAUGCUUCAGUCUGAUAUUUCGGAUAUUUCUUUGGGUGUGAUGAGGUCAUAUUCAGUGUGAGUACUGAUCACAGCCGUGCUAAUAUUCAGCGCAACAGCACGACCUCGAGUGUGACAUUGCUUUUAUAAAAUAGACACCAUUUAUUAAUUAUAUAUAAUUAUAUAAUUACCAACUACAAACACCAUUUAUCAUUAACAGAUUGUAAUUUUCUUCUUUAUUUUACCUGUGAUGCCGAGUGAUACGUAUAGUUAAACGUCUCAGUGCUGUUACUGUCUGUCACCACUCGUGGAUCGCCUCUCGUCCAAUUAGAUUACUCGCUCAGGACUAACUGUUGUAUAAUAUAAGGUCUGGUUCAUAAAUAUUCGAACAAAGAUAGGUUUUCUUUGGCACUGGGCCUCUGUACACCACCACAGUCAAGAGGUAAGAAAACAGUUUCAGUUUUUAAAGGAUUUGACAAAAGUGUGGCAUUAACCAUUCAGGAGUUACAGAUAUUUUAAUACAUGUACGUAUCCAUUUUGGUGACUCAGAAAUAAUAGAAUAAAGUAACAUAAACGUAAGGAUUGUUUUUAAAACUUGGAUAAAAAUCCUUUGCAGUGAAAUCUGGGACUCAUGAAUAUGAUGAAUGAACCAUAAACCAAAUGCUGAAUUUCCUCCCUUGAGAUUCAGUUCCUGUAAUUUCUGAAUGGUUAAUGUCACACUUUCAUUAAACCUCUUGAAUUAAAGCUAAAAGUAUCAACUUCCCUCAUGUCUUUGAGUGUUUAUUAUCAAAUUCAGUGCGGUGGUGUACAGAACCCAAAUGUCAAACUCAUUAUUGUUUUAAUAUUUAUGAAUCUGACUGUACAUUAUAGAAUUAUUUACUUUUAUGUUAAUGACAUUACAGUAUAAAAACAUUUACUCUUAUGUUAUAUUACAUUAUAGAAACAUUGUAACCAGCUGUAGAAUUGUUUUAUUAGAGUUUAUAAUAAUCUUUGAUCUUUAUGUUACUGUGUAGGAGACUAACAGAACUGUAUUAUGUAUGUAAUAACGUGUGUGUGUGUGUGUAUUGAAGCACUUCUUAUUCUGUGAAGCGUGAAACAGUAAAGUUGAGCUGUUCAGUUCGAGCAGUAAUUAGAGAAGAAGAGUUAUUACAGCUUGUGUGUGAAUAAUCUCUAACGUUACUUUAUUAUUUGGUGUGUAACCCGAGGUCAGAAUGGACCUCAGCAUGUCCUGCCUUCAGUCUCUUUAUGUGAAAUACAAUCACAGUGUGUCUCAGCUAACAUUACACAUCUAUAUAUUUUACAUCACAAGCUAGAGUUAUUAACGCUGUUCCUGAUUUUUGUGUGAUGCUCUCAUUGUAACACAGUGAAAAGUUACAUUUGUCUGUCAGCUUUUUAAAUAAAGUGAUGUUUAUCUGCA